GACCUUUAGGAUGCCUCACUUCCUGGUUUAUGACUGAGACAACGAGUUGGCUUGAGCUAGCGGCUUUUUGACAAAACGUCGUUUGAGUGACCACACAAAUAAUGGUCAAGCGGAAACUGGCAGACCUUUAAAGUGGCCCGCUGUCACCACAUGGCACCCCCCAACCACCCCUCCGUGCGACCCCUCUGUCCACUUGGCCCAUAUUGCUAAACUGGUUCUGACGAAAAACACCAUCAUGGAAAUAUAUUUUACACUGCCGACCUGGAUUCCCGCGUCAAAGCUUCUUAACCUUCACUGCGCCUUUUGUGUAUGACGUCCUGUGGGCGGUCCGUAUGUACGUGACUUCCCGCCGUCAGGUCCACUGUGAACACAAAGAGCCCAAACCAAACACCGGAACCUCAUUGACAUGACCUGGCGCGGAUUCAUCGGGAUGACGAACAUGAGCAGCUGCGGCGCAAUAAAAAAAGAUGCAACAAAAGAUACAGCUUAACUGCGUUUGCGUUGGUGUCCACUGAGGCUCGAGAACAUGUCAGAUAAGACUCAGAUGCCGAGCAGGGAGCGCACCCUCGCCGGACGAAAGGAGAAAAUGGCUGUCGCAGUCAUCACCUGCCUCUUCUUGCCAAAGUGCAUCAUGGGACGAUGGGUCCAGAGGGCCCAUCUGGGCAUUACGCGCAUGAAGGCUCCGCCCCGUCACAAGCAUGCAGUCAACGGAAACACCACUGUGGAGCCUUUUCCAGAAGGCAUGGAGAUGAUCAUGUUUGGUAUGGGCUGUUUCUGGGAAGCAGAGAAACUUUUCUGGAGAGUUUCGGGGGUUUUCUCUACCCAGGUGGGCUUUGCUGGCGGCUUUACGCCCAACCCCACAUAUGAAGAGGUCUGCUCAGGUCUGACUGGACACACUGAGGUGGUGAGGGUGGUCUUCUCUCCCAAAGACAUCAGCCUCGUCGAGCUGCUGAAACUCUUCUGGGAGAAUCACGAUCCGACACAAGGUAUGAAGCAGCAUGCCGACGUCGGGACUCAGUACCGUUCGGCCAUUUACACUUCCAGCGCCACUCAACAGGAGCUCGCUCUGAACAGCAAAGUGGCCUACCAGAAGGAGCUGGAGGCGAAGGGCAUGGAUGCCAUCACAACAGAAAUAUUGGAGUUGCAGCAGUUGUACUACGCCGAGGACUACCACCAGCAGUACCUGAAGAAGAUACGCCAAGGCUAUUGCGGCCUCAAAGGCACCGGCAUUUCCUGCCCCAUCGGAGCGGGGAAAGAGGAGCCGUAAGCAACGCUACGGAGGACCACUUAAAGGUUCAUUCUCCCGUGAUUGAGGCCGUGACAGAAACAAUCAGUUCUGCACCUCCUUAGACUUAAUAGUGACUACUAUAGUGAGUGAUGUAAUCAAAAGUUAAUCAUGUUUAAUCAACACGUACUGUGAAGCUGUGGUUCUCAAACUUGGGUCCCUGGACCAACUAUAACAUGGUGUUCUGCAAAAUAAUUGUCAAUAAAUUAUGUCGUAAAUUUUUUUUAAAAGUGCAUAACUAAAUUAAACUAAAGCAAACAUACGAAAGUAAUGACUUCUGCCUACCCUACUUAAGGUUUUGGCUAAUACAAGUUCUGAUAUGAUUCUAACCUAUCACAUAAAUCUGACACCCCUCGAGGCAUCCAGCAUUUCUGGCUCUUUUCACGCUCUUAUCUUGUAGAGUUGUACAGGUGACCUCGGGAAAAUAUUUGCAGCUGGGAAGCGCAUACUGCGGCUCGAAUGUUUCUAGCGUGGCCACAUCGCUGCUUGUGCAAUGUAGAAAUGGGACGCCAUGUCUUUGGCAUUUGACUGUGUGAUUGCCUUCCACCGGGCUCCUUACUUGCUAUUUGGAAAACGACGGGAAAAUGAUUCUGCUAAUGUUGGGUGAUUCUUAGUGGGAAUUAAACUCAGUAGUGAAAAUAGUGGCAAGAGGGCUUAGAAAUAGGAACAUAAAGACACUAAAUAGCUAAGUCGGCAACACUGAUUGUGUUAUUGUGAAGUAGCUUCUCUCUGUUCAUCAGCUGACGACUAUGGAUACAUAUUGGAUGUAAUUCACUUGAAUUGGGUUAGGUUCCCUUUUAUUAAACAGCUCAUGAAUGCUUAGACUGAAUUGUA